AUGGAAGAUGUACCUCGUGAGAAUGAAGAUUCUGGGUAUACAUCGCCCGAACACUUAUUCAUAGACGAAGGCUUGUCAAAUCUACAGCCAGAAAAAAUGAACGAACAAGGCAGACAAGUGGGAGAGAAAACCAUCAAGCCACUGAAGGGACGUCAGAUGGACAGCUACGAGAAGGAUGUGGAUGGAGGUGGUACAGGCGUGACAACAAACAUGGCCCGCGAUGUGAAAGCCACAACCGUUGCCAAGUUACCAAUCAGCAUGAAGGAUGGACGCGCCAAGUACGUGGCCGUGCGAAAAUUCAGAGGUCAAGUCUAUGUCGACGUUCGAGAUUACUACGAGUCAAAUGGGCAGUACUUUCCGACUAAAAAAGGUAUCACCUUAUCUGCGAGGGAAUUCAAAGCAGUCCUGAUGAUUUCUAAGAACAUCAACCGUGCAAUCUACAGUGGAGAAAACCAGUAG